AUGCCACCGUGUUCAUCGUCCACGUCAGCACCACCAGCCGAGAUCGAAGCCACACUGACACGACUCUCGUCGCACCAGGGAGUGCUGGGAUGCCUGGUGCUAAGCCGCCACGACGGGCUUGUUAUUCGAAGCGGUGGGCAGAUGUUCGAUCCGAGUGGACCGGGUGCGAAACAGCGCGCAGAGAUGCUCAAGAGCGUCACCAGGUUGGUCAAGAGCAGCGUCGAGAGUCUGGCGAGCGACAUCAGGGCCAUCGACGACACGGACGAGCUUGGUUUUCUGCGGGUGCGCACCAAAAAGUACGAGAUCAUGAUCACACCCAACGACAAGUACCUGUUGGUGGUGUUGCAGGAUCCGAACGCUGCUGCUGCCGGUGCUGCACAGUAG